UCUCUCUCUCUCUCUCUCUCUCUCUACUCUCUCUCACUUUAACCCUAAAAAAGAGCCACUCAUUUUCUUCAUAAGCACCUCUCAAAGCUGCAGUCUUUUCAGCCCAGGCUUUAAGACAAGAGGAGAGUGAGAGUGAGAGAGACCAGAGAGAAGAAGAGAGGGGUCUGAAAAUAGGAUUCUCUUAUUGGGUUGUCUUCAUUUUUGGGUUUUGGCCUUGUAUCAUAUCUUUUGUUCUUUCUUCUUCUCUUAUUGAUUCUUUGAUUGAUUACAAGGCUCAGUCUUUAUCAUCACCAUCUGUAUGCACUCUGAUGAACACAGACUAAAUAUACAGAUUAAAACCCAACUCGAAGUUUGAGUCUUUUUGUGUGUUGGUUUGGUAGAGAAAGAAAGAGAGAGUUUUUGUGUCCCAUUUUGUUCUUGUUGCAAUGGCACCCAGUUUUGACUGUGCAGUUUCAAGCCUGCUUUGCGCAGAAGACAACCUUUUUGAUGAUAAUGAUUUUGGGUCUUUGAGGGUUGAGGUUGAGUCUGAGGAGGUUAGUAGGAAUCAUCAAAGAAACCAUAAUCAAAACCGGGGCUUUGAUCAUGAUGAUGAAGAAGAUGGGUUGCCAUUGCAGAGUAGUGAUGAGUAUUUGACUUCUGUUAUUGAAAAGGAAUCACACCACUUGCCUCGUAUGGAUUACUUGAAGAGAUUGCAAAGCGGGGAUUUGGACCUUGGGGCUAGAAAUGAGGCUGUUGAUUGGAUUCGAAAGGCAAAUGCCCAUUUCAGCUUUGGACCUCUGUGUCAAUAUCUAUCUCUAAGCUACUUGGAUCGUUUCCUUUCCGCCUAUGAAAUACCUAAUGGCAAAGCUUGGACUAUGCAAUUGCUGGCUGUGGCAUGUUUGUCCCUUGCAGCCAAGAUGGACGAGAUUGAUGUCCCACUCUCCCUUGAUUUGCAGGUGGCCGAGUCAAAAUAUGUAUUUGAGGCUAGAACUAUUCAAAGAAUGGAGCUACUGGUUUUGAGCACAUUGAGAUGGAGAAUGCAAUCAGUUACUCCAUUUUCAUUCAUAGAUUCCUUCCUCCUCAAGCUCAAUGAGGAUCAAAUCCCACCUAAAGCUUCAACCUUUAAAGCAGUUCAACUUAUUCUGAGCACAACCAAGGGAAUUGACUUCUUGGAAUUUAAACCUUCAGAGGUUGCAGCAGCAGUGGCCAUUUCUGUAGCAGGAGAAAGCAAAGCAUUAGAUCACACUGAGACAGCAAUCUCUGUGCUCAUCCAACAUGUAGACUUAGAAAAGGAGAGAGUGGUAAAGUGUGUAAAUUUGAUUCAAGAGGUGGGAUUAAUGAGUGGGGUCUUCAAGUAUGGUAGUGGUUCAGUGCACUCUGUGCCACAAAGCCCCAUUGGGGUGUUGGAUGUUGCAUGUUUCAGCUAUAAAAGUGAUGAUCACACCACAGUUGGGUCAUGUGCAAAUUCUUUUCAUAAUGGCUCAGAUACCAAAAGAAGGAAGCUAAACAGACCAUAUGAAGUGGAGUUAUAGAAGCAGCCAAGUAUGGGGUUUAGGGUUUAGAGUUUCCAUUAAGUAGAUUGUUGUUUUUGUUGUGUUGAUGAAGAUGAUCAAAAAAGAGAAAUGAAAAGACAUGGUGCCUGAGGAAAAAAUGGGGUGAAAGAACAAAAGAUGAGAGAGGAAGGAAUUGAAUAAGUUAGGUCAUGGGCUGAGGAUGGAGAAUGGAAUCAAUAUGUCAUGCUUUUGGGAUGAAGAACCUCUCCAGCUGUUAAAUAUUAGACUUCUUAACAGCAAGAGGCUGUGAGUAAAGAAAAAGGAGAGGAAGGAAGAACAAAAUGGGGGAAAAAGUUUAUAAAAGCUGGUGUUGUUUGUGGGAAAUAUAGUUUGUUUUUGUGUUUUGGGAGUUUUAUUGGUUUAGGAAAAGAAAAAAAAUAUGGAACAGUGAAAAAUUAUUUAUAAGAUUGCAGAAAUUUAUAUAAUUCUUAUGUUUCUUUUGUCA